AAUGUUUUGAAAAAUACAUCUUUAACGCUUUGCGUCUGAGAAUAAAUAGUUUGUAGAAAUGAAGCUGCUGGUGCUUAGUUUGCUACUGUUGUCGGUGUGGAGUGUCGUAAAGGCCCAGGAUAGGCUGAUUUACGACACAACUUCACAGCCUAAAUGCGCAGUAGUCAACCGAGGACCAACCAGAAAAUGUCAAUGGGCCGCAGGACUAGACAUGACAGAUCUGGCAGUAGAAAGGGGCCGAAUCGUUGCCUACAAGAUCCGUUGGUUUAGUGGAAAAUGGUCUGGCUGGUUUGUCCCGGGGCUUAACGAUAUCGACGAGAAAUUCAACCCUAGGUCAAGACCAUGUCCCAUGGCAUACAAAGCAAAAAGUAUGAGACGAACAUGGGCUUACUUCUACGACCAUACGCACGAGUUCAUCAUUUGCAAACCCAACUAAAUUACACUAAAUGUUGCCAGGGAUGCAGUACGCUGACUACCCAUAUAUCGGGUCUUAAAAACAUAUAUCUUUAUAGAUGAUAUAUACUUAUAAAGGAAGACACAUAAAGGAACAAGUCAGCACAUUAGCAUUGAUGUUUUUAUCUUAAUCUUUUUGAAUACUUUUGGACAUAAUGUUUGUAAUAUGUGUAUUCGUAAAAUGUCAUUUCAUAUGUUAAAUGAUUUGAAGGUUUAAAACAAACUCAUUGGAAAAAAAUAAAGUUUAGAACUAUG